CUAGGGCACAACUCUAUCCGCGUUUCAAUAGCCUACACUGGCUCGCCUGCGUGAGCCGGAGACGGAGUCGAGUUAUCCACUUUGAAUAAUCAAGGACUCCGUUCCCCCAUCUGGUGUCUGCUUUCAGAUGAAUCAGUGAUGAGAGUGGCCAAGAGGAGAGACCGAAGCUUUUCUUCUAUGUGGACCGGCGGUGCGCAGAAGUGCGCUCCAUGCUUCAGCAUCACCAUCAUCAUCCUCCGCUCCUGAGAUCAAAUCAAACCCAAGAGGCGCGCUGAGAUCCUCACCGAACCCCCCGCGCGAGGUAACCAGAUUUUCCAUGUGCUGUGGACUGCCGAUGAUUCCUCCACCUCCUCCAGUUCAAAUUCAAUGGCAGACAAAGACUGCACUUCCCACUGCUCUUGUUACCCCUGAGCUCACUGAGACAGAUCUGGUCCACACCUAAACAACUGUCUACUAUAUUCUCUUCCGUCUCUGCUCAUUUCCGAUUCUUCAGUCCAUCACCAUGGCUUGUUUUCUGGCAUCAGCCUUUCUUCUGGUUCUCCAGACAUAUGCUGCCCCACCUGAGUUUGUCCAACCAGGAUUUGACAUCACACUGGACCCCAUGGAUCUUGAUUCUGGACUACCAUCUAAUGUCUCUGGAGACAUGCCCUCAUCUCCACCCCCAGGAACUAGUAAAAGAGCUCCACAUAGUAUCAUUAUCGGGGUACGCAAAGGGGGCACAAGAGCACUGUUGGAGAUGCUAGACAUACAUCCCGAGGUUGCUGCUGCUGCCACCGAGGUGCACUUCUUUGACUGGGACGAGAACUAUGCCAAGGGCUUUGAGUGGUACCGUGAGUUGAUGCCCUACUCUUAUCCACACCAGAUCACAGUGGAGAAAACUCCUGGCUACUUCACGUCAGCCCUCGCACCAGAACGCAUCUGUGCCAUGAACUCUUCCAUAAAGCUGCUAUUGAUCCUGCGAGACCCGGCCGAGCGGGUCAUCUCUGACUACACCCAGGUGUACUUCAACCGGCUGGAGAACCACAAGCCGGUGCAAGCCAUUGAGAACCUGCUAGUGCGCAACGGAGCCCUAAAUAUCCGGUACAAGGCCAUUCAGAGGAGCCUCUAUGACAUCCACAUGCGCAACUGGCUGCGUCACUUCCCCCUGGAACAAAUACACAUCGUAGAUGGGGACGCUCUGAUCCACGACCCCCUGCCAGAGCUUCAGAAGGUGGAGCGCUUCCUUAACUUGCCCCCCAGGAUAGUGUCCUCCAACUUCUACUUCAACCAGACCAAGGGCUUUUACUGCAUCCGAAGUGACGGUCGAGAGCGAUGUCUGCAUGAGUCUAAGGGACGUCCUCACCCAGCCGUCAACAGCACCGUCCUCCAACAGCUCCGCUCCUACCUACAGGAACACAACCGAACCUUCUUCAGGCUGGUGAAGCGCACCUUCGACUGGCAAUAAGAAACCCUGAUUACAAAUCGGACUCAAAGGAGCCGCCACCUUGUCUGUGAUGAGGACAAAAGGGGAGCAUAAAGCACUUUACAGAACUGACACUCAGCGCCCCUUUGAAUAGCCUCUUUAUAACUACUGUUGUGAUCUCUGGUGUCCACAGGGCAGUUAUAUUUACACGAUAAGGCAAAAAAAAUAUAUGAGAAACUGUAACUAGAGGUGUAAAAUUAAAUGGAAGAAUCUCCAAGCUUAAUAAAUCAUUUCUCUGUGCUGGAAGCGUUUAAGUGAUCAAAUUGCAGCGAAAACAAGUUUAUGAAACCGAUGAACUUUUUUUCCUCUCUCUUGUUUGAUAUUCUUGGUCUUGAUAAUAAAUUGUUCUGCUUUCAAAUGUAACACAAAAACUGGCAUGUUUCUGUCUCUUUCCAUUUCGUUCUGGCCAUCAAAAACCCCCGAGUCCUCUAACCUGUAUUAUUUAGGGAGCAUACUAAGG